AUGUUGGCGAGUGUAGGUGAACGGAGAGCGCCGGUGAUCGGUCUAGCUCUAAUGUUGCCUUUGAUUUUCUUCUUGUUACUUGUCAUGGCAUUUAGUCCAUCGAUGGCUCAUAGGCCAGCUCCCAACAAUCCAAUUUUGCUGCAGCCUUCUGUACCGAGCACCAGCACCAGCACGGUUACGCCCUACUGGAUGCAAUCUUCUUCUAAUAAUAAUAAUAAUAAUAAUAAUAAUAAUAAUAAUAAUAAUAAUAAUAAUAAUAAUAAUAAUAAUAAUAAUAAUAAUAAUAAUCAUAAUGAUAACAACAAAAACAACAACAACAACAACAACAAUAACUACAAUAAUAACUAUAACGCCAGCUUUGAGAACGGUGAUGAGUUGAACAUGAUUGGCGGAUACAACGUCACAAUUCAUCAUCAUCAUCACUCGAAAGUAGGCGGUGAUAUGGCCGAGGAAAAGGCUCCGCUCUUCCCCAACGAUCUAUUUACCGUCCAACAACGACGACGUGGCGCCGUAAUACUUCACGUACUCGGUGUCGUCUAUAUGUUCGUCGCAUUAGCGAUCGUAUGCGACGAGUUCUUCGUACCCUCGUUGGAUGUUAUCAUAGAAAAACUUGAGAUUGCCGAUGACGUUGCUGGUGCCACCUUCAUGGCUGCCGGUGGCUCCGCACCAGAACUUUUCACAUCGGUCAUCGGCGUCUUCGUUUCAUUCGACGACGUUGGUAUUGGCACCAUCGUUGGAUCAGCCGUAUUUAAUAUUCUAUUUGUCAUCGGCAUGUGCGCUAUAUUCUCCCGUACCGUAUUAUCACUCACAUGGUGGCCACUAUUUCGUGAUUGCACCUUCUAUAGCGCAAGCCUACUCACCCUGAUCUACUUCUUUCGAGACAAUUAUAUAUACUGGUACGAGGCCCUCGUGCUAUUUGGAUUCUACUUGGCAUACGUCAGCUUCAUGAAGUGGAACCAACCGAUGGAGAAACUCGUCAAGAGGAUACUCUACAGGAACAGGGUGACUAGGGUGAGGUCUACGGAUCAGCUGAUGCCCUCGCACCAGAGCGCCGCCCAAGCAUUGCAGCAUCCGAAUGCAACCAACAGUAGCGAGACGAGCGUGGGUGGUGUAUCGGGUGCAUGCGGGAGUAGCGGUAUGCCAGGAACAGGGGAUGCUGGCUGCAGUAGCAGCAGGGGUGGAAGUAGCAGCGGUGCUGGUGGAGGUGCCGGUACAACAGGACAGGGCUGCGAACAGGUUCCAUCAUCUCACUCGACCAGGGAGAGCCACGCCAAGUUCAGGCACGGCCUACUACAGCUUAUGAUCCAUACGAUCGAUCCGCUCCACGACGGUCAGUCCCGCGCCGGUAAGGUGGACGAAAAAGCAACGCAGCUGCACGCGAUAGCGUCUUUAAAGGUGCUACUGGAUGCAACGAGGCCUCACAACGGUGCUGCGACCUCGACAGCGGCCCAUUAUUCCGGUGCAUCCUCCAAGGAGACUACCCUACAACUUCAACAGGGUUCUCAGGGUACCACAACGACCACCACCACGACAACUACCACUGCUGGCACCACAGCUGGCAUUCAGGAACUUCCAAACGGCGGUAUAGCCGCCGGUCUCGACGCCGGCCUCGAAUCGGGCGAAGAGGAUGAGCCUCCAGAAGCCUUGGACAUGGGCUGGCCUAGUAGUCCUAAAAAGAGGCUAACUUAUAUAUUAGUAGCACCGAUUCUCUUUCCUCUAUGGUUAACUCUACCAGACACACGAACACCCAGAGGAAAAAAAUUCUUCGCGGUAACAUUCAUAGGGUCAAUCGUGUGGAUAGCUGGAUACUCGUACCUGAUGGUCUGGUGGGCGAACGUUUUUGGUGAUACCGUUCGUAUACCACCGGAAGUGAUGGGCCUGACGUUCCUGGCUGCCGGUACCAGUAUUCCCGAUCUCAUCACAAGCGUCAUCGUCGCAAGAAAGGGAUUCGGUGAUAUGGCAGUAUCGAGUUCUGUCGGUAGCAACAUCUUCGACGUCACUGUUGGGAAAUUUUGAGAAUGAGUUGAUCCAUCAUUGCUCUUCAAUGACCUUAGUCCUCUUCGUUGUCGUGCGCGCCCUCUAUCGAGUUUCAUUGGUUAGAGGCAACACACGAUAAUAAUAAAAAGAAGAAGGAGAAGGAAGAGAAGAGGGAGAAGAAGGAAAAAAAGAAGAAAAAGAAGAAGAAGAAGAAGAAGAAGAAGAAGAAGAAGAAGAAGGUAGUGGGAUCAUGUUAGAACCAAUUUUCGGAAUAUCACCGAUCUGGUGGUUGAUGUUAUACGCUGGUUUGCUGUUAUUAUUAUCACCAUUGGUGCUGUUGCUGAUAGUUUUUCUACCAAAUUUUCCUCUAUUGCUUCUACGUAGAAUGUGUUAUAUACCGAUAGAAUCGAUAUAAUGAUUUCGCCGAUAAAAGAAAUUCGAAGGAAAUGAGAGGAAUAUUUUCAAACGCGAAAUAUGAAAUUUUUUUUUUUCUUUUCUUUUUUUUUUUAAGUAUUAUAUAUUAAAACAUUCACGAGCAAUAUCUAUCAAUGAUUUGAUAGACUUGACAAAUUGUUAACUUUUUCCAUUGGCUUAUUUUACAUGGAAGAUUUAUGUUGAUCUUUUCGUUAAGAGAGAAAAAAUGGACAGAGAUAAAAUAAUAUAUAUCUCUGUCGUCUUUUAUUCAAAUCGAUUCGAACGUUAUGUCGAUUUUAUAUACGAGAAUAUUUCGAUCUAUUUAUUGCGAUGUAAGAUUUAGUAUUGUGUAAUGUAUUUCUUUUCUUUUUCUUUUUCUGUGUUUUUUUUUUUUUUUGUUAUUUGGAACUACCAACUUCGAAUAUUGUUUCAACGCAUGUAAUUUUCUUGAUAUUUUUCGAUAAAAUGAAAAAUGAAAGAAAAUCAAACGGCAAAUGUCGAAAGAUCAAAAUUAUCGGUACAAUUGAUACGUAAGCUUUUAACGUACGUAGUAAUAAUGUCUGUUUAGAGAUAGACUUAAUGAAAAAGAAAUCGUACGAUUACUAUGCAAUUAUAUAUGUAUAUAUAUAUUUUUUUUUGUUAUAUUGAUUUGAUAUUCAUGAAACGUUAAUAUCUCAUUAUUCGAUAUGAAAUCUAAGACGUUUCUAAUUGUUUUUCUUUUUAAUAUGCAAUCACUAUAUUGCAAUAUUUUUUUAUAUUGAAAAUGCGAAUUUUUAUGAAAAAAAAAAAAAGAGAAAAAAAAUUACUUUCAAACAUUUUUUAUCUACUUGUUGGUUGAGAAAACUAUAUAUAUAUAUAUAGACAGUAUAUAGAAGAAAUCAAAUUCAAGGAUAAUUUAGUCGAAAUUCCAUCGAUUUGAUUAAUAGGCACGUGCCAAGUUAUAAUUUUAAAAGAAAUUUCCUUGUGUAACUGGUAUAUCUAUUAAUAUAUUCUGUUAUGUUAUGAGAAUUUAAUUAACUACUCGUGCAAGGACUUUAUAAACGUAACAGUCAAGUAUAAGACAUUAUAUAGAAGUUAAUACGAGGACGUAUUAAAAAAAAAAAAAGCUUUCGCAUAUUUAGAUAGAAAAACUAACGAUCUGGCGAAAGGAAAUGAAGGUAGCGGACGAUGAAUUAUUUAUGAAAGCAAAUCGAAAAUUUUCCAUGUAUUCAACAUUGAUAUUAUAUUAAUAUAUGCGUAAAUUAUGGAAUUUAAAAUCAAAGACAUUAUGUCGUCCGGUGGCUCUUCAAUAUUAUCAAAUUUUUCUUUCAA